AAGAGGGAGACUUUCCCGGAGACGGCGGCUGUCGGCGAUCCAGCGCAAAGCCCGACCAAGCUCACACCUUCUGUCUCUUCAAAAAAAACUUGCCUUUUAGCAUUAAAUUCGGAGCAGAUUUGCACUCAGUAUGGGAGAUGACAUCGAGGAGGGGAGUUGUACUGUAAAACACGAAUUGACAAACGCUAACCUCACUGGACAUAGAGAAAGAGUUGGAUUAGAAAAUUUCGAGCUACUGAAGGUUCUGGGAACAGGAGCAUAUGGGAAAGUUUUCCUGGUCAGAAAAAUCAGUGGCCAUGACACAAACAAGCUCUAUGCUAUGAAGGUACUCAAGAAGGCUACGAUUGUACAAAAAGCUAAAACCACGGAACACAUCAAGACAGAACGGCAGGUGCUAGAACAUAUCCGCCAGUCUCCUUUUCUGGUCACAUUGCACUAUGCCUUCCAGACGGACACAAAGCUUCACCUGAUUCUAGACUAUGUGAAUGGUGGCGAAUUGUUUACACAUCUAUACCAAAGAGAGCACUUUACAGAAGAGGAGGUUCAAAUUUAUACUGGGGAGAUUGUAUUAGCUCUGGAGCACCUCCAUAAGCUUGGCAUCAUAUAUCGAGAUAUCAAGCUUGAAAACAUUUUAUUGGAUGGUGAUGGUCAUAUUGUUUUAACAGACUUUGGACUUAGCAAGGAAUUUGUCACAGAUGAGGAUGAAAAAACAUAUUCAUUUUGUGGCACUAUUGAAUACAUGGCACCAGAGAUUAUUCAAGGAGGACGUAAUGGCCAUGAUAAGGCAGUUGAUUGGUGGAGCCUUGGAGUCUUAAUGUAUGAACUAUUAACUGGAGCUUCUCCAUUCACUGUGGAUGGUGCAAAAAAUUCUCAGUCGGAAAUAUCAAGGCGAAUCUUAAAAAAUGAUCCACCAUUCUCUGUAGAGAUUGGGCCCACUGCCAAGAAUUUAAUACAGAAACUUCUGGUGAAAGACCCUAAACGAAGGCUUGGUUCAGGUCCAACAGGAGCUGCAAAAAUAAAAUUGCAUGCGUUUUUCCAGGGAUUAAACUGGAGAGACCUAGCCACCAAAUCAAUUGAACCUCCAAUCAAACCUAUCAUUAAAAAUGAACUUGAUGUCAGCAACUUUGCAGAGGAGUUUACAAGAAUGGAUCCAGCCUAUUCUCCUGCUGCUGUUCCUCAACAUACUGAUCUAUUUAAGGGUUACUCAUUUGUGGCACCUUCGAUACUCUUUAAUCGAAAUGCUAUAAUGAAUACCACAUGCAAUCUGCAAAUGACCACAGAAAGACCAGGAGACAAUGCAGCUGCCUGCGGUGCCAUGACAAAGGAUUCCAUGUUUUACCAAAACUAUGAAAUGAACCUGAAAGAAAAACCACUUGGUGAAGGAAGCUUUUCUGUUUGUAGGAAAUGCCGGCAUAAGAGGACUGGACAGGAAUAUUGUGUGAAAAUCAUCAGCAGGAGAAUGGAACUCUGUACACAGAGAGAGACUGCAGCACUGAAGCACUUGGGGGCUCAUCCCAACAUUGUUAAGCUGUACGAAGUUUAUCAUGACCAGAUGCACACAUACUUAGUUAUGGAGUUGUUGAGAGGAGGUGAGCUUUUCGAACACAUUAAAAACAGGAAGCACUUUAAUGAAGCUGAAGCCAGCAGAAUUAUGAGCAUGCUCGUGUCUGCAAUUCGUUUUAUGCAUCACUGCGGAAUUGUGCACAGAGAUAUAAAACCAGAGAAUAUUUUGUUUGCUGACCAGAAUGUUGAUGCACCAAUCAAGAUAGUAGACUUUGGGUUUUCAAGAGUUAAGCCAUGUGAUAACCAGCCAUUGAGGACACCAUGUUUCACUCUACAAUAUGCAGCUCCUGAGAUUUUCAAACAAAAUGGAUAUGAUGAGUCUUGCGACCUGUGGAGUCUUGGAGUAAUACUUUAUACAAUGUUAUCAGGACAAAUUCCAUUCUUAAGUAUGCAGAAUACAGCAAUGUUAAGUACUAAUGAAAUCACAAGGCACCUCACACUCACGGGAAAAAUCUGGAACAAUGUCUCACAAGAAGCUAAGGAACUCGUACAAGGUUUACUGACUGUGGACCCGGUCUCUCGGCUGAAAUUAAGUAGCUCCAGUUUCAACAAUUGGUUUCAAAAAAGCUAUUGCUUGUCCUCCAAUCCUUUGACACCUCCAGAUAGUCGUGAAUGUUCUUCCAACAGCUAUUUCAAGCCAUUACAUAAGUACAAGAGGGAAGGUUUUUUCCUCCAAAGUGUUGAAGAUGCUCAUUUGGCAAAAAGGCGAAAGAUGAAGAAAAGUAGUGCGAGUACAGAGACACGGAGCAGUUCCAGUGAAAGUUCAAUUUCCUCCUCAUCCCAAUCUCAUGGGAGAGCAUCUCCCACGUGCAUGGUCCAAGUUCCUUUACAAGCAAAAAAAUCUGAGAGUUUCUUCCAAUUUUCUGAAACAUUAAAUAGAAGUUUCUAAGGUACUUCUUUCUAGCUAAUGUAAGAAAGGUCUUCAAAUAUUUAUUAUUUUUUAAGAUUGAUUGAUAGUUGUAUAUUUGAUCCCAUACUGUGGAUUUUCCCCCACAACCCUUUGCGCUUCACAGCACUCAUUCUCUCCCAAUGUUUACAUCUCCGUUUUGCCUCACAUUCUCGCCCAAUGCUUGUUUGCCCUAAAAUUCUCCCUCCUCCCUCCUAGGAAUCACCAACAUUCCUCCUCCUCCUCCUGGGCUCCCUUUUUAUCCUCUCUGAACCUUGUUUAUUUUGCAACUGCAGCUGGAUAUCAACCCCCUUACUCCAAUCAGUCUGGCGAAGGGUCCUGACCCAAAACGCCGUCUGUCCAUUCCAUCCGCAGAUGCUGCCGGACCCACUAGGUUUCUCCAGUUCCUUAAGAUUCCAGCAUCUGCAGGCCUUGUGUCUCUGUUUGUUUGACUUUGUGCCUCUAUGCAGCACCUUGGUUUUUUUUUGUAUCAAAAGUGCUGAAUAGGUGCAAGCUGUUGCCUGUAUGUAGGUAUUUUUAAAUUAUUUUUAUAAAGCAGUUGAAGAUUGAAGAUCUCAGUCAUAGUUUUACGUAAUGACAAAUUGCUCAUUGUCUCUAAAAUAGCUUAAUAGUAAAAAAAAUGUGGUUGAUUGACUAUGUGUCUCAACUGUGAAGCAUAAUGAUUUAACUUUUAUUGAUAUGAUGCCUCAUUUGCUUGGUGACAAUGCUAUUUUUAUAUUUUGAUAUUUUGGUAUUUAUCCCAUAGAAAGAAAUAAAAACAUCAUAUAGGACAUUUUCCUCACAUAUUAUUACUUGAAGAACUCAUGCCAUAAUACGAAGGCCCAUAUGAGAGAGAAUAGCUGGGUAGUGGGAGACCACAAAGGUAGGUUUGUAGCAUGUAGAUUGAGUAUUACGGUAAUUAUGGGGAGACAGGGUAGGAUAUUUGCAGUUUGUGAGCGGCUGAGUCUGUCUGAUAUGUUUUUGUCAUCUUUUAAAUUAAGUUGAUCAAUAUUGCUUCAAAGGCUCCUGCUUUAAAGUCCAGACGUUGAAAACCUGCAAGCCAAUUAUAGAGAAAUAUAUCUGCCAACUGAGACUUUGUAGAAGAGCUCAGCUGUGACAUUAUUGAAUAAUGAAGCAAGUUGGAGGAAUUGCAUGGCCAUUUUCUCCUAUUUCCCAUGUUUGUUCGUGGAUAAGAAAACACAGAUCAGGCCAAGCAGCUGGAAUAGGAGACAGCGAUUGUGUGUUUAGGAAAAUAGGAUAUGGGUUGUUGCUGGUGGGGAGAAGAGAUGUGCAUUCAUAGCAAUGGUUGCUGAGCCUACAUUGUUUUGGAAUGAACUAUGAAAUAGCAUAAAGAGUAUAAAACAAUGAUAUGAAUGAACAUUUUGUGCACAGUUGUAAGGAAACAAUGCUGGUAAUUUGGCUUGGUAGUGCAAGCACAAUCAGGAUUAAUCUUAUCAAUGCCAUAAAUACAUAAAACUGAAGAAAUUUGAGGAUAACUCAGGUCGAACAUACAGGUGGUAUGGGGGUGGAGUAUGUUUCAGUUUAGAGUAUAAAUUGUAUUUUGACGAUUUUUAAAUUUGUUAUCCAGGCAACUAUGUAGCUGAUUAAGGAAAUGACUCAUAUUUGUGUCAGUGAUAGUUACAAUUAACUAUUUACAAUGAUCGUUGGUACAAAUAUUAUAGUUGAUAGAUGUUAUUGCUCAUUUUUCCCUGCCUAUUCAUUUUCCAUGGGCACAUUUUACUAUGUUGGAUUUAUUCACAUUCAUGAUUAGUAAUUGAGUGGUUAUUUGACCCAAUUGCAAUUGUUUUUAAACAUGUGUGUUGCUUAGAAGUGUAAUUACUUUUACUUCACACUUUCAUGAAUAAAAACUUCUCCAGUCUUUCCUCUGAAAGACAUCCUAGAGUUCUCUCCUCAAUGUCUUCAUCUCAACUUCAAUAAUAAGUUACUUCCUUGUCACUGAGAUUGACAUCAUUUGAUCAGUUGUCUCCUUAUCUUCCCAGAGGAAAAACCUUUUCUUAGCUUGCCUUUCUAUAAUUGUUCCUCCUAUUUCUGAGCAUGCUUGUCCAUGUGACCCCACAUGCUGCUUUCACCCUUUACCCGCUAAACGCUUAUUGGGUGAGAUUAUCAAGUUCUCUUUGGUACUUUAAUCCUGUAUUCAAUACUGUCAUCCUUCUCUCUUUGUAAAAGACCAAACUUUAUACCUUAUAUCAUUCAAACUAUCUCCGAAAUCUAACUUAUUUUUCUUUACUGAAGUCCUCAAUUGUGAAACCCAUCUUUCCCAAUUUUCUAUAUUUGAAUUCCAGCCAGGUUUUUCCUGUCAUAAUGCCAUGACAUUUUAGCAGACUUUAAUGUGGUUGACUACACUAUCUUCUUAAGUCACCAAACCAUCAUUAUGUAACUGGGUGGACUGCUCAUGUGUUUCCAAUCUUGUCUAUCCGGCUGUAGCCAGAGAAUUACUUACAUUAGCUUCUCUUCCCACUUCAACGCAAUUAAUCACAAGAAUCGCAAAAUAUGCAUGAUCACGAAAGCAACGCCUUUCAUCACAUCAUCCAACUUGGUCCGUACCUCAGUUCAUCUGCUUCUGAACCUUUCAUCCAUGCUGUUGGCUAUUUCCACUGCACCUCUGACGGGUCUAACUUCCAACUUCUGACCUUCUACACUAUAAUCUGGCUGCUUAUGUCCCAGCUCACAUCAAGCUCUGUUCACCCCUUAUCUCUGUAUUUGCUGACCUCCAUUAAUUCAUGAGUAUUAAAUGCCUCAUUUAAAAAACUCUAAUCCUCUCUUUCUAGUCUCUUGCUAUUACUGCAAUAUGCCAUCCUAAACCCUUCCAAGAUAUCUGCCUUUCUGGGCAUCUUGAUUGUCCCUGAUUAUAUUUGCUCCAAUCUUGGUAGCCAUGUCUUCAACUGCAAUUGCCUUAAGCUUUAGAUUUCCUUCUCAAAACCUCUCCAGCCGUUAACUUUUCCUCUGUAAUAUGCAUGUUCAAACCUAACAGCUUAAUCAAGCUUUUGGUCAUCAGUGCUGUUCUUUCCAAAUUUCCUAAUGUGGCUUAGUUUCAAAUUUGUUGAUAACAUUCCUGCACUGCACUUUGGAACCUUUUAUUACUGUAAAGACACUGUAUACACAUGUUUUGUGUUGAAAGGGCUAACGUCGAGGACAUGUGCCAAACACAAACAUUAAUGAUAUAAAUGGUGAAACUUUAAAUAUGCAAGGCAAAGUAGUUUUUCGAUAUAUGAUGUCGACAUAAAGCAAAUAUGUUUUUUUUUUAAUACUUACUGUUAUAUAAUGUAUUUCAAAUGCAUUUAAAAACUUCAUUGUAUAAUAAAUAUUUUCCUGUAUUGUUAUUAUAUUCAUUAGCGGGAGGGCUACUCCCAUUGCCUUGAAUGUGUACCAGUUAUGUGAAAGCUGGCAGAUUUUUCUAAGAGAUUAUCACCCAGAUUUCAGAAAUGAGGGAAUUAUUUAUUUUGAUAUUUUAACCAGUUGUAAAAGCUCAUUUGGGAUUAUUCUGGCAAAUGAUUCUAGCUGGUCUAGGAAAAGAACAGUCGUCACUGUUGAUUGCAAACUUUGAUUCUGUGUGCUUGUCACUGUAAAUUGUGGUUCAUGGCAUUGGUGCUUUGUGUAAUCGAAUAUAUCAUCUUCCUGAUAUAUUUCUCCCUUUUAAUUUUCACAUUGUUCGAUUCCUUUUUAUCCAGCGGAAAGUGAAUUAUACUGAAUUAGACCUUUAUUACUGUAUAUCAUGCAGAAAAGUCCUUUACAUAUGUUGCUUGUGUGCUCUGCAAUAAAGUAGUUUAAUAUA